AUGUCGAGCGACAACAUCAAGGUUAUCGUGCGUUGCCGGCCUCUCAACGCCCGAGAGACACGGGAGAAUGCGCUCAACAUUAUUCGCAUGGACGAGGCGUCUGCUCAGGUCAUCGUUGAUCCUCCUGAGCAGGAGAAGUCAGCAACCCAGGCGAAAAAGGUUCCUCGUACAUUCACAUUUGAUGCGGUUUAUGAUCAAACAUCAUGCAACUAUGGAAUCUUUCAAGCGAGUUUCAAGCCUCUCAUCGAUGCCGUUCUCGAAGGAUUUAAUAGCACUAUUUUUGCGUACGGACAGACAGGUGCCGGAAAGACUUGGACGAUGGGAGGUAACAAGGAGGAGCCGGGCGCCAUACCAAACUCUUUCAAGCACCUUUUCGACGCGAUCAAUUCCAGUAGUAGCAACCAAAACUUCCUGGUCAUUGGCAGCUACUUGGAGCUCUACAACGAAGAGAUACGUGAUUUGAUUAAGAAUAACACCAAGCUACCACUCAAAGAAGACAAGACACGGGGAAUUUAUGUUGACGGGCUCUCUAUGCACCGUGUGACAACUGCAGCAGAGCUUUCGGCACUGAUGGACAAGGGCUUUGCAAAUAGGCAUGUUGCAGCCACUCAAAUGAACGACACUAGCUCCCGAUCACAUAGCAUCUUUAUGGUCAGAAUAGAAUGUUCAGAAGUGAUUGAAAACAAGGAGGUCAUUCGCGUAGGAAAAUUAAAUCUAGUGGACCUUGCAGGGUCUGAGCGUCAGAGUAAGACGGGCGCAACUGGGGAAACGCUUGUAGAGGGCGCAAAGAUCAACUUGAGCUUGAGCGCUCUGGGGCUGGUUAUUUCAAAGUUAGUUGAGGGAGCCACGCACAUACCAUACCGCGACUCAAAGCUUACUAGGCUGCUCCAAGAUUCCCUGGGUGGGAAUAGUAAGACGUUGAUGUGUGCCAAUAUAAGUCCGGCCUCAACCAACUACGACGAGACAAUGUCAACCCUCCGCUACGCUGAUCGUGCCAAGCAGAUCAAGAACAAGCCACGGAUCAAUGAAGACCCGAAGGAUGCGCAGAUUCGCCAGCUAAGAGACCACAUUGCUCGGCUCGAAGCCCAGCUCGCCGAGGCACAAGCAAAUGGUGCAAAGCCGAUGGAUGUGCUGAGGAUUGGCAAGAGCCUUAUGAAAGCAAUUAAUGGAGACGAGCUAAACCUGGAUGGAACCUUCCAAGGAACAGCUGGGGCCAAACUCAGUGAAGCACGUGACGGUGACUCAGAGGGGGAAUCAACCGAGGAGGAGAUAGUCUUCGUGGAAGACGAAGCAUCACGGAAAGCUGCCGAUGAACUCGAAGCUAAGCGGCGCGCUCUAGCAGAGGCCAAGCAGAAACGGGAAAGCGAGUUGGAGCAAAAGGAGGCACUAAACAAAGAAGCAAUCGUGACCCUAACAGAUCUGAAGUCGCAGUUGUCAGCAAUCAAGAACAGCGUCUUUGUGGUGAAGCAGCUGGAGAUAAAGGAUAAGGUUCUUGGUAAAGCACAGCAAAAGCUCACCACCCGUCAGGAGAAGCACAAUGCCCUUCAGCAGGCCCUUCAGAAUAAGCAAACCGAGCACCAAACAAAGACAGCCGAGAUUUUAAGUGCCGUUGAGAAAUUGGAGAGGCUCAAGGCAGACAUUUCUAAGACCGAGGCAGAGAUAAACGAGGUCAAUCAAGAGAUAGAUGAUAUCACAGAACAGCAUGCACUCAGCAUUGAGGAGGAGAGGAGAGAGCUCAAGGAAGUGGAUAAGCGGUCCGCUCUUCUUGAUGCAAUAAUUCAGACAUUCAUUCCCCAAUGCGAGGUCGCAAAGGCAGAAGCUCUUGCAGAGUACGACGAGGAAACAAUGAAGUGGGCAAUAUCUCCGGAGAAAGUCGAUAGGGAGCAUCAGAUGCUGCUCAAGCGUGUCCGCCACAUGCAGAUCCUCUAUCCCAGUGGAAGCACUAAGCCUGUAUUCUUUGGGAAAGGUAAGGAUACCCGGGCACUUGUGAACUUCUCGCAGCUGUCAGGCAAUAUCCUUGAGUUGGAGCCAGAGCUGCCGGAAAGGAUGACAGUUGGAGAGGAGAUGGACGGAUACCAGAGCUACGGCAUGAAUGAGGAUGAGAUGCAUGAUACACAGCUACAAAUGUUCUACUCUCAAAUAGACACCUAUGAAUAG